CUUCCCGCAGUUUCCAAACUGUCGCUCCCUCGCUCACUUACUCUUUUUCUUCUCUUCUCGCCGCGAUCUCGAAAAAUUCAUCUUUCAUUUUCCUCCCUUCUUCGUCAACCUAGAAGAAAAAGUCAGAAUCCCUCAAACCGUUCUGAUCGGAUGGCAACCGGAUAUCCGCUCGCUCGACUCGGCGUGUCUCGCUCCCUCCGCCUCGGUUUAGCUCGUUCCAUGGAUUCAACUCCCGCCGCGACUCGCUACUUCAGCGACGGCAACGUCGGCAAGGGCGGCCGAGUCCUCAACGAAGAGGAGCGCGCCAAAGAGACCGUCUACGUCCAGAAAAUGGAGAGGGAAAGGUUGGAGAAGCAGAAGCAGAAAGCUGAGAAAGAAAAGGCAGAGAAGGAGAAACACAACACUGAAAAGGUCUGUGUGUUUCUGAGAGAUCCCAAUUUGAAAUCUUCAAGUAUCUUUAUCCUUUUUUUGUGAAAUGAUCAUGGAGAGUACUGUGCCUGCUGCUAAUUUUGUUUCUCUGCUCUGCUGUGUGCGUCUGGGUUAUUUUUUUCAGCUUCUUUCUCGAUGUUGAUGUCUUAUUAGUACUUGCUAGCUAUAACCUAAUUUUUGUUGUUUGAUGAGGUCUAAUUUGUUGAUUGGGUUCCUGCUCGAAUCACGAAUCUUGAGUUUACUCUGGAGAUUAAUAGAUCAGUUGGUUGUCCUUCAAAACCAUCCCAAUUCUGUGAUUUUUGUUUGAACCAUACAGUCCUGUUGUAAAUCUGGUUGGUGUCUGGUUUCCAAAGAUUUGCUUCUAUGUUUUGUUCAAAUCUAAAAUAUUCCAAAUCUGCUUAUUGUUCGCUUUGGAUUGAAGACUUUGUAGAAAGAGAAUUUGCAUACCCCUAAGCUUAAAAGGAAAAUGUUACGGUAGUUUGCGAGCUUCCAUCUUCACAAGCGAAUAAAGUAUUUCAUGGCGUAAGAAUAUUGAUAGACUGAACUGGUGAAUUUGUUUAUACAUAAUGAAAACUUGAUAGAGAUACUUAGUUUUGAUGGAAAAAGGUUUGGAGCAGUGUCAGAAGUAGUACAUCUAAACCAAUUUGGGAAGGAGUUGGGUUCUUCAUUGCCAUUUCCCAUCUUGUGAUCAAAACAGUUAUCCUACACAACUACAAGCUGUGAAACAUCCCCCUGAUAAAGGAAGUGUAGCGGGAUGGUCCAUACUCCAUAUCUAUCAUCUGCAUAGAAUGUUUUACUCUCUUCUUGUGAAAUAUUUCAAAAGCUCCUCAAAGCUUGGAAGAUUGUUAGCUACGAGUUACACCAUCAUGACUAUGUUUUCAUUUUUUGCAGAAAUGAAAUCUGAAACUGUCAACCCGAGUCGAUGAAUGCCAGAGCCAUGCUGCCGAUGUGGAAAUAAGUCGAACGGAGAAUAAAACCCGGAGCAUGACAUUCUCCGUUCUAGGGUUGUGAUAUUUUUGUGCUGUGGACCUUUCCUAAUGUUGAUAGUUUUCUUUUUUGCACCGGCCAUUGCUGUCUACCUUGUUUUACAAGCAUAUGGCCAGUGCAGUUACUGCUAUCGAAAGUAUAAAAUCUUCAUACUGCU